AUGUCGGUGCGUAUUCUCGUCCUACUCCUUGAAGACUUUCGCUUACCCAAUGUUUCCAUAUCGGAUGAAUGCAUCACCGCCUACAAGCAACUCCGUUCCGGAAGAGGGCCAAAAAAGCCAUCAUUUGUGAUUUACCGGAUCUCGGAUGACCAAACCGCUGUUGUAGUAGAAGAAUCAUCUGCAGAACAGGAUUUUGAAACAUUCCGUCAGAGGCUCUGCUCAACUGUGGAUAGUCGCGGCAACCCAGCCCCACGUUAUGCCGUUUAUGAUGUUGAGUAUGACCUUGGAGAAGAUGGCAAGCGGUGCAAGACAGUGUUUAUAAGUUGGGUACCUGCUAGCACACCGCUGAAACUGUGUAUGCUUUACGCGAGCACUAAAGAGCAGCUGCGGAGCGCUCUUGAUGUCAAACUAUCCAUCCACGCUGAUACACCUGAUGAGAUCGAAUGGAAGACCGUGCUAAGCGUGGCCAGUGGGGGUAAGGCUUGA